AUGACUGCUGUUGUAACUCCAGAUGGAGUGCCACUCCCUCCCCCCCGAGAGAUCCCGUCCACGUUCGUCUCGAGUCUCAAGAGCUGGUGGGCUGCUGGGGAGAAGGAGAGCGCUGCAGCGGAGGAGCGCCUACUCAGAAAACUACCAUUCUUUCGACCCGCAGGGUCACCGCCUUCUUCCCCAGACAAUGGCUUUGCUUCCGUGGCUCAGAGUAUGCGCGUUGAGCUAGAUAACCCCAAGCAUUACAUCAAUACGCUAGCCAUCACACCCACCACAUCCUCGGCGUCGCCCUCUCGCCCACCAACAGUACUACUACAUGGAUACGGUGCUGGAUUAGGCUUCUUUUUCCAGAACUUCCUCGCUCUGGGACAAUGGGUCGGUCGUCGUGGGUCCCCCAUCUAUGCGCUCGAUUGGCUGGGAAUGGGUCGCUCAGCUCGCGUUCCCUUCACUGUGAAAGCUAAGCGCGAUGAUAUCGAUGGGCGAGUCCAAGAGGCCGAGGGGUUCUUCAUCGACUCGCUCGAGCAGUGGAGACAACGGAUGGGGCUGGAGCGCAUGACGCUUAUCGGUCACUCACUAGGUGGCUAUUUGAGUGUCGCGUAUGCACUGAAGUUCCCUACACGUGUGAGCAAAAUCAUAUUGCUCUCGCCUGCAGGCGUACCUCGGGACCCAGAUAGCACAGUGUAUUCGCGCGAGGUGACUGAAGCUCAAGAGACAGAUGUGUCAAAUUCCGAUCAUGCCGAGAACGCUACAAAGGCACGCAUUGAAAGCAUGAAGUCCGACCAGAAGGAGGCACGAAAUAAGGAGAGUCGCUCCCGCAGAUUGCUUACAUACCUCUGGGAGGAAGGAUGGAGUCCGUUCCAGGUGGUUAGAUCGUCGCUGUUCUGGGGUCCCAUGUUGGUCGGCAAGUAUUCAAGUCGACGUUUCAUUGGUCUGAGCGAAGAGGACACGAGGGCAAUGCAUGCUUAUAUCGUGAACCUUGUCCUGGCCAAAGGUUCGGGGGAGUAUUGCGUCUCGCAUCUGCUUGCACCAGGAGCUCAUGCUCGGCGGCCUCUCGUAGAUCGCAUUGCAGCCCUGAAAGUACCUAUCACUUUUAUAUAUGGUGAACAUGAUUGGAUGGAUCCUGACGGCGGUGCUCAAUCUGUCGAGAAUCUACGCAAGGCUGGUAAUGGCAACGGCAAGAUGUAUAUGAUUCCUCAUGCUGGUCAUCAUGUGUAUCUGGACAAUCCCAAGGCUGUCAACGAUUUGCUUAUCAAGGAACUAGACCGCCAACAAGAGAGAAUGUAG